AUGUCUUGUAUAAACUUGUUACUUCUAUCUCUAGCUCUACUAAUCAUAUCAUUAUCAUCCACACGGAAUUUUGCUUCUGCCUCUUUGGAUGAAGCCAAUGCUCUUCUUAAAUGGAAAGCUACCCUACAAAUUCCAAACAACUCCUUGUUAUCUUCUUGGACUCCCCUCCCUAUGAAUGCUACUGCUUCGACUCCAUGCACUUCAUGGUUCGGUGUAGUUUGCAAUGAUUAUUGGUCCAUUUAUAGGUUGAACCUCACAUCCUCUCAAUUAAAUGGUACUCUCGAUCAGUUUCCAUUCUCUUUUCUCCAUAACCUUUCUCAUUUUGAGCUUAGUGUAAACCAACUUUUCGGUCCAAUCCCCUCACAAAUCCGGCUCCUAUCCAACCUUGUUUAUCUUGAUCUUUCGGGGAAUAAAUUUUCAGGUUUAAUCCCACCAGAAAUAGGGAUGUUAGCCAGUCUUGAAACCCUCCAUCUUUUUGAAAAUAACUUAUAUGGUUCAAUACCACAAGAGAUUGGUCAACUGAGUUUUCUCUCUGAGCUUGCCUUGUAUAAUAAUUCUCUUGAAGGAGAAUUGCCUCUAACAUUGGGCAACUUAAAAAACUUGGGUUACCUAUAUCUUGAUGACAAUAGGCUAUCUGGUCAAAUUCCAAAUGAGUUUGGGAACCUUGUCAAUCUUGUGGAAGUGUAUAUCAGUAACAAUUUUCUAAGUGGUCCUAUCCCACCUGCAAUUGGGAAUUUGAAGCAGCUUACUGUCUUGUACCUUUUUCAAAACAACUUGAAUGGUUCGAUACCACCAGAACUCGGUAGUCUAGUCUCACUUGAGCGCCUCAGCCUCUUUGCAAACAAUCUAUCAGGCCCAAUUCCUUCAUCGUUUGGUCAUUUGACGUCUUUGAAUCUCCUGCACUUGUACCAAAACCAACUCUCUGGACCCAUUCCAGCUGAACUAGGGAACUUGAAGUCACUUAAAGAGUUGGCGUUGAGCGAAAACCAACUCAAUGGUUCUAUACCUUCAUCACUGAAAAACCUGAGAAAGCUACAAUAUUUGUAUCUUCGUGUGAACAAAUUAUCUGGUCCUAUACCACGAGGACUAGAAAGUCCAUACAUGCUUGAGCUAGAAAUGGACAAUAAUCAAUUGUCUGGACGUUUGCCUGAAGAUUUGUGCCACGGAGGAAUGCUUCAAUAUUUGUCACUAAGUCAUAAUCAACUCAUUGGUCCUAUACCAAUAGGCCUAAGGAAUUGCUCGAGCUUAAUAAGAGCCCAAUUUGACUUUAAUCAACUUACUGGAGAUAUAUCAAAUAGUUUUGGGGUGUAUCCAAGUUUAGAUUACCUUGAUGCAAGUCAUAACAAUUUUCAGGGGCAAUUGUCUCAAAACUGGAGUAAAUGCAAGAACUUAACAGCCUUAGGUUUGGGACAUAACAACAUCAGUGGUUACAUACCACCCGAGUUUGGAAACUCAACUCGACUACAAAGGCUUGAUCUUUCUUCAAACCAUUUGGUUGGUGAUAUUCCGAAGGAACUUGGAAAGAUGGAAGGUAUGUUGUAUUUGUCCUUGAAAGAAAACAAACUUUCGGGUGUUAUACCUCAAGAGCUUGGGUCGCUUCAAAAUCUCCUUGCUCUCGAUCUAUCCACAAAUAGAUUAAACGGGUCCCUAUCAACGUAUAUUGGUGAGUGGGAGCACAUAUAUUACUUGAAUCUUAGUAAUAACAAGCUCAACGGAAAAAUCCCACCUGAAAUUGGUAAACUAGGUCAACUUGCCGCGCUUGAUUUCUCCUGGAAUUCACUUACAAAAGAGAUACCCCCUGAAAUUCAAAGUUUGGUGAGUUUGGAAAGUCUGAACCUUUCACAUAAUAGAUUAUCUGGUUUGAUUCCUAAUGCCUUUGGUAAAUUGCCUGGUGGGAUUGUUGUCGACUUGUCUUACAAUGAGUUGGUAGGUCCGGUUCCCACUUCAUUUCCCAUCUUCAAAAAUUCUACCAUACAAGUAUUCCAAGGCAAUCCAGGUUUGUGUGGAAAUGUUACAGGAUUGAAACUUUGUUCAAGUCAAAUUAUGGGGAAGAAAUAUAAUGAUAGCUUUCACCAUAGGAUCAUCCUUGUGACAGUGCUCCCUCUUUUCAUGGUAAUUUCACUCUGCAGCCUCCAUACUUGUCGGAAACAAAAGAAAACUUCUUUAUCAGUAAAACAGUUGGAUGAAAAAAGUAUGGAAUGUGCACCGGAGUUAGGUGGGUCAACCGGACCCGAAACCAACAAAUGA